GUUUGCACCCUUUUGAGGCCCAGCUUUUUUGCCCGUGAGUGCGAGCCAGCGGUGGCAUUUGCACUGUGCGUGGUGUUUCUCAUCCACUCGUGCACUGCCCUGUGAUUUUCGAGGCGUAACGCGAGCUAGCGCCGCUACUGCAGGCCGCAGCAGCACGCUCGCUGCGCACACAAAUCGCAUCGAUGGCCGACGCCAGCGACAACGCUUCGGACGACGAUGGUCUACUAAAAAACGAACUCUACCCGGACUUUAACGUACGAUGCGCGUUAUUUGAAGGCGUCACGAACGCCACCGAACUUGUAGCGCAGUGCGUGCAGGGCGACAUGACCGGAGACCUCGCAUUAAUCGACGCGGACCGCGUCGUUAGCGUAAGAGUGCUGCGGCAGGCGGCGACGAACUGCGCGCGGCGCGCGGAAAACAAGGCCGCGGGGCGCGACUACGCGGUCAAAUCCCACGACCUGCCGCGGGGGCGGACGACGGGCGCGGACCUGGUGUACGCGCUCGCGCCCUCCACGUCGAUGGGCGGCGCCUUCCGCGACGUCGGCGCGUCGGACGCGACGACGCGAUUGCUGGUGUGCGCGGUCUCUUCCUCAGUUGAAGAGUUCCGGGAGUUGGUAGGGCGCGUCGACGGGCGGCGCGUGCCCCUCGAUGCGCUGGAUGCGCGGUCCGAUUCGGCACAUGAGGCGCUCGUGUCUCGGUUCGGGCUCUCGGCCGACGAGCGCGGCGACGUCGAGCGCGCCGUGCUGACGAAGCUGGCGACGAAGGACCUGCUGAAAGGCGGUGGGGGGUAAGAUGCGUGUUGGAUAG